AUGGAAGAAGUGAGGAACUACGGUUCGAUUGUCCUUGAAAACGCUAAUAUGCCAUCUGAUCAGCUACUUGAAAUGGAAGGAGGUCUUGCCAAGGCCCUCGCUUUCGUUCGCCAGACCAUCAAUAUCCGUCGCGCCAUCGGCAAUGCGAUUCCCCCCGAAGUCCUUGCGAUCAUCUUCAAAUAUGCUGUCCAAUGGAGGGACAGUGGUCUACAGUGCAGAAGUUUCGAGCCCCCAAACCACUUGUCCUGCAUGCUCGACCGUCUACGCCUCGGUGCCGUUUGCAGCCGAUGGCGCAUGGUCGCAUUGAGCAUGGCCGAGUUUUGGACCACCAUUGAUGAAUCUCACCAAGCCCUCCAAGACGAGUUCUUACGACGAUCGCAGGACACAGCUCCCCUUACUGUUCUCCUUCCUGAUAUUCGCCAGAAUGGCUCACUCCUCGCUGCGCACGCGCACCGGAUUCGUGAUCUCUUCAUGAAACUUGGAUCAGACAGGCAGCCUCAACUCGCUUUCAGUCUCCCAACCCUCGAGUGUCUGACCAUGACAGGCAAGGAUCGUUUCCCGACGCACCGCAUCGCCGCCGAUUCGCAGGACUAUAUUUCGAUCUUCCCCUCCGACCCCCCUCGACUGCGCGUGCUCGUCAUGCGCGAGGCUCUCUGGUUCCCUGCCAUCGCGUACGGCGCGCUCACCCAUGUCCACAUUGACAACUCGCGCCUCCGCUCGCUCACGUCACUCCUCAACAUCCUCGCCGUCUGCGCGCCCGCACUCCAAUAUCUCACACUCGUCAACAUCUCGAUAUCUGACGGGGGAGCCCUGGUGCCGCCCUCGCUCGUCGAGCUUUCGCGCCUCCAGCGGCUCGUCCUCGGCCAGGCCGUCGAGGGUCCGCACUUCCAUUUCGGGCUCGUCCCGCUCCUGCGAUACCUCACCCUUCCACCCUCCGCCGUGAUCCACAUCACCGGCGGCUCCAGCAUGCUCACCGCGCUCGAAUCCGUCUCCAAGCUCUCCGCCUCCCCCGCGCUCGCCGGAAUCGCAGAGUGCACCGCGCUCACGCUCGAAACCUGUGCGCAGCAACCCCCAGCCAUGCAGGCCGGAGAAUGCGCCAGCUGCGCCGGGCCCGCUCGAGAGUUCGUGCGCACGACCGCAGUGCUGUCCGGAGCCGCCGCGGACCCGCGCGCCCGGCUCUCGCUGCGGCUCUGGGGGGGCGUCAGGGAGCCGCUCGUGCGCGCCGCGCUCGCCGCGCUCGUGCCGUGGGCGACGCUCACCUCCGUGACGUACCGGUGCACGUCGAACGACACCCUCCUCCUCGAUCUGGUGCGCCAGAUGGAGGCGGACCGCGUGCGCGCGCUGCGCGUCGUCCAAGGGAGCGACAUGAUGCCCCUCAUCGUGGACUUGUUCGCGGUCGAGGUGGGGAAGCUCGUGGGCGGCAACGGGCGCCCAGGGUGGGCCGGGAUGGAGCUAGACGAGCUGGAGGUGUGGGCGGAAGAUGCAAGCUUUUUGGGGCGGAUGGGGCUCGCGGCGCGCUCGGCAAAGGGCGUGGAGAGGAUCGUCUUCCACUGGCCCGCGUGGCAGGAGGGUCCAGAGGAACGGGUCGUGAAAAAAUUGCCCCAGCUGGAAUUAUGUUCGUUCGAAGGGACGACGGCGGAGUCGGCGGCACCCAUGGAAGAGUUAGAUUCCGUCGAAGAAGGGUUCUUUUGGCGAUAG